AUGCUGAGGACGCUUGCAGAAAGCAGCAGCGAGUUCCGCCGGCUGAGCGAACACUUGGUAAGGACAGGCGCUGUUCCAUCCCGAGAUCGCUUCGGCAGCGGCGAGCGUGCGGUGCAAAAGGCACUGCGCGUUGUUCGCAUAGAGCGGGUCUUGAUUUCAGACGCUGAGACGAAAUAUCGUGACCGACGAAUGAAGAUGUUCGAACAUCGAGGGACCUUUCAACCUGACUUGCAGGAUUGCUGUGCGCUGCGGCCAGAUUUGUCUUGUGAUUUAGACAUUGGUCUGCAUGAGCUCCUGCUCUAUCACGGUUGCAGAAAACGGAGUAUUGAUGGGAUUCUCAGUGAGGGCUUUGACCCUUCCCGAUCUGGAGAGCGCUCCGGUCGGUUCUUUGGAUGUGGUACAUACUUUGCCGACAUUGCUGCAAAGGCGGACACCUAUGUAGACUCAGCUGCUGAUGGUAUGAAAUGCGUCGUUGUUGCGCAGGUUUGCCUUGGGAAGGCAUUGAAAGCUUUCCGUGCAAUGCCCCGGUUCCAUCCAAGUUGCAGCGAAGGCGACAACGAGCGCCCUGCAUUCGAUUCUGUGGUCGGGGAAGACACCGAGCAUGGAGGCAUUCUGGAUCACAGGGAGUACGUGAUAUACGAUGGCACGCAAGCCAUGCCACGCUACCUUGUCUGGUACCAGCACUGCGAGGACUGCAGAUGUUUUCGGUGCAGGUCAGCCUCAUGCGCCUUCAGACCGUCAGCUGCCCUGCCACCGCUGCCAUUACCUCCACCCGGCGUCUCUCUGCGUGCAGCGAAGACCGCAGCUCCGAGCACGCAGCGAGCGUGCAGCGCCCGAGGCACCUCGAGCCGGGCGGAGAUGGCCCCGCAAAGACGGUUUAGUCCAAGAGCGACGAGCUGGGAGCCUCGGGAGCCAAGAAAAGGCCGAUCUGCUCUCCCUGGCGGCCCUGCGCCAGCGCGGCGAGCCAUGGACGACGAGGGCGAGAACGAGUUCGUCGUGGAACAGGUUAAUGACGUCGUCAAGAACGCCAUCACGAAGACCCUUGGAGGGUCGCAGUACAGCAAGGAGCGGGUGACCCCGUGGACGAACCAGAUCAUUGACGAGUGUUUGAAGGAGCUUGCAAAGCUGAACAAGCCUUUCAAGUACGUUGUUACCUGCAUUAUCAUGCAAAAGAGCGGUGCGCCACUUCACACUGGCAUUGCUCUGCACUGGGACACGAAGACGGAUGGAACUUCGUGCGUACAAGUGGGGACAGACACGAUGGAUUGCAUCACGACCGUGUGUGCAUGA